UACGGCCAUCAACUCCGGCGUACGACAUCGGUCUACUAGCAACCCACCUUCGACGCACGAACAUGGCGAGGACUCCGGCAAUCGUCGCGGUGGUGCUGAUGGCGGCGGCGGCGGCCCAGCUGGCCAACGCCGGCUUCCCUAACCAGUACUGGCCGGCGCCGUCGACCCCUUCCACCGGCUUCCCGACGUACGGCUGGGAGAACGCCCACGCCACCUUCUACGGCUCCGACUCCGGCCUCGGUCACGACUUCGGCGGCGCGUGCGGGUACAGCGGCAGCGACAUCGCCUCGCUCUACUCGACGAGGACGGCGGCGCUGAGCACCCCGCUGUUCGCCAAAGGGGACGGUUGCGGGCGGUGCUACGAGAUCCGGUGCGUGCAGUCCAAGUGGUGCGUGCCGGGGUCGCCCUCCGUCGUCAUCACCGGCACCAACCUCUGCCCGCCAAACUGGUACCAGGACAGCAACGACGGCGGCUGGUGCAACCCGCCGCGCAGGCACUUCGACAUGGCGCCGCCCUCCUUCUACAAGCUCGCUGCCAGGGUCGCCGGGAUCGUGCCCGUCCAGUUCCGCCGCGUGCCGUGCGAGAGGAGCGGCGGCGUCCAGUUCUGCCUCAUGGGGAACCCCUACUGGCUGCUCGUCCACGUCAACAAUGUCGGCGGCGGCGGUGACAUCGGCCAGAUAGCUGUCAGGGAGACAGGCGGGGUGUGGAUCCAGAUGACGCAGAACUGGGGGAUCACGUUCCAGGCCUUCUUCGAGCUGGACAGGUCCAAGGGGCUCCAAUUCAUGAUCACCGGCGGUACCGACCGCAAGACCAUCGUCGUCGGCGACGCCGUCCCCGCCUGGUGGAGCACCGGCCUCUGCUACCAGGGAUCAAACAACUUCUGGUAGAUCCGUAUGCAUGCAUUAACCCGAUCAUACAUAUACUUCGAUCCGUCUGCAAGUGUUUUUUUUCUCUCAUUAUAACCGAUGAAGCUUGGAGUUGUAAUCUUUUCUUCAUUUUGUUCUCAGCUUUAAUUUUGUCAUCAAUCAGAGUUGUCUUGAUGAUGUAUAUCCUUGGUUUCUGUACAUUUUUGUAUGUGUACAGUAGCACAUCUUUUCACUCUGAUGCACGUUAUCCGUUUUCUUUUUCUCUUUAAAGUGGACUUUGCUGUUUCCUCAUUCUGGCCGAGAAACUGUUAUUUUUUUCA